AUGAAGGCAAUCAACGCGGUAAUGUUUGCUGUUGCGGUGACGAGCUUAGGUGAAGGACUAGACCUAGAUGUUGGAAAUCCGAGCGGCCCGAUAGCCCAAGGACGUGCAAUCGAGGAUCUAGAUGCGCUGUCCAUCAUGAACCAUGGCGAAUGUCAGACAGAGAUAGCUUCAAGACUACAGAUACGAUGUGGCAGUUCAGCCAUUGAGCCAAUAUUGAGCGAGAGGGAUCGGCGAUCAAUCGCCAUCUCUUUUACACUCUGUUCCAUGUUGUCAGCCUCCCAACCCCUGCCAUCAGAGUGCAUCUACUGGGCACCAGGCGCCGGUCAAAACGGGUGGACAGUGGAGAUGGAGAUGAAUCUAUCUCCAUGCAUAGCUGCCAUCAGACGAAGUACGCAGGACUGGACAAGCUACGAAGGAUACCUGAACAAAGCUACUCAGCUUUGCCUCGCAUUGGACGGCAAAGUACAAGCAGAGACUGCUCGUCGCGCGUACAUCGAUCUCACUCAGUAUUCGAUCAGGGUCUUCCAGGAGAUGCAGGAACGCUUCGAGGCGGAGAAGACCAACGCCUCUCACAUGCAAGAUGGGCUCAGAGAUGUCAUUAUGGAAAUGAAUCGAGUCAUGACCGACACGUUCUCGACCUUGUCCCUGUUGAUGUCUCAUGAGCAGCGGCAGGAUUCGGCUUUGUUCCGAUUUGAGGAGGCUAUCAAAAGCUUCGAAGGGGCAGGCGAUGCGAUGUGGGAAGACGUUCGAACGGAAGGACACAGUGUUAUCCAGGCGAUGAUCUUGCGAGCGGAAGAAGGGUAUACUCAGAGACGUGACGGCAUGCUAUCAGCGCUCGAUUUGUCUCUGAGACAAUCUGCUGCACAGCACAUCAAUCAGAUGGAUCAGCAAUCUCGAGAGGUCAUGAAAUUUGUCAAAGACUCUCUCCAGCAAGCGCAAGACGAGUCACACGCUCUAUCAGCGGACCGGAUGGCACAAUCAGCUGCUGCAAACGUGGCUUGGCAAGAACUCACCCUUCAGAUGAACUCUCUCGGGCUGGGAGUCAAUGACCUCAGCAGCACCCUGCAGGAGCUCACACCAGCGAUAGUGGGAUCUGUCGCGGGUGCUUCCCGUCUUCAGGGCAUACACGAAGAGCUCCUGUUCAGCUUGACCAACAUCCAUGAUGUAUCUCGAGGGCUUCAAUCCGAGCUGUCGAACUCUCUGGGUAAAAUAAACGAAACAUUGGUAUCCAUCUCGGGUUGGAGUGGGCCUCCACGAUCUUGGUGGAAGCCGCAAGGAGUUACGAUCUUCUCGGGUCCAAGUCUUUUCCGGGGUUCGCCGUUUGAUCUGAUCAAAAGCCAUGGCGUCUCAGUAUCGUUCCUGCAGAUCCUCCUCGCCUUUGUCGCCCUCGUUAGCAAUGUACUCGUGAACGCCUUUUGGGUUGUAGUAGGUCGAGAUCUCGUAUUGACUGUCAAUGACCACCAAGGUAUCCGCUAUCGCCUUCCUUUGGAUCAUCACGUUUAA